CCGCCCCGAGUGCGACAUCGCGGCUGCUGAAAAGGGGCCGAGUCGUAAGCCCGAUGGACGCCGCGGUGGACUCGUGAGCGCUUUUCACAAGAUCUUCAGCGACCGCAACACUCUCAACAUUCAGUCCAUCGGUCACCUGGAAUGUGCUGGAUCGUGUCCCGAUUUAACGAUGAGUAGAAGAGGCGCGGCGGAUGCGCCGGCCGCCGCCCUCACGCCCCAGCUGCCCCCCCGGGCUCACCGCCAUCGGCCCCUCUGCGUGUCGGUGUCGUCCGACAGCAGCGGACGCUUCAAAGCCCUCGACACGCAGGAGUGGAAGAACAACCUCAAAGCUCAGAUGGAGCAGGCCCACAGCGCAGGCGCCGCCAGCAGCACGGGCUCCCUGGAGCGGGCGUCCCUCUUCUGCGCCCCCGGGGGGCCGUCCAAGGCCACGGCUCGCUUCUCGCUCUUCUCGCCGCCGUGGAACGUCAGCUCCGAGUCGGACUCCAACCCGCCGUCUCGAUCGGGCUCCAAGAAGCUGCGCAACUACAGCCGGCGGGCGGCCACGGGCCCGGCCGGCGCCCACGAGCAGCCCGGAGGCGAGGCGGGGGUGGACAUCGCCGACGUCAAGCAGCGCUGCUUCGAGGACAUCAACGAGUGCAUCCACGCCUCGGCCGGCAAGCGCAAGCGGGUUCUGGUCCACUGCGGCGACGGCUUCUCCCUGGCGCCCACCUGCGUCAUCCAGUACCUGAUGCUCAAGCGCAACAUGCGGCUCGUGGCCGCCUACGAGCUUCUCCGCGCCAGGUAUCCCGUCAACAUCCGCGAGUGUCACCGCAACCUGCUGGUCAGCCUGGAGAGGACGCUCAGGCCCGGGGACGCCGACCCGGAGAGCUUCAAGCAGGCCAUCUCCAGGAAAGUGGCCUGGACCUGA